AUGAUUGUUCAAGGACGAAAGAGGAAGACUGAUGAGGAGGACAAUCGUUUAAUGACAGAGAGCGAAAAGAGCGUGAUUAUCGAUUUGAACAGCAAAUUCCCACAACAUUCCAAACACUGGUUGCCAAUCGUGUGGGCCGCUUCCAUUGUGACUCGAGCUAGGAAGGAAGGACGGAUACGUGACGACUUCGCUGUCAAGACCAUUAUUGAUGAGCUCAACAUUUUCAGAGGAAAAUCUGGACAUCUUUUACAAUAUGACAUGAUAUCCGUUCCCUUAGUAUAUACUCAAGUAGUCACCUUAGCAACAUAUUCUUUUUUCAUAACCAGUGUGAUUGGACGCCAGUGGUUGGAUGUUGACGAGAAAGAUCCGUUGUAUGUUAGGCGGAGGAAUCCAAUCGAUCUAUACUUUCCUGUUUUCACAACUCUUCAAUUUUUCUUUUAUAUGGGAUGGCUAAAAGUGGCAGAAAGUCUUAUAAAUCCAUUUGGUGAAGAUGACGAUGAUUUUGAAGUUAACUGGAUAGUUGAUAGGAAUCUUUCAGUAUCUUAUCUGAUCGUUGACGAAAUGCAUCACGAACAUCCAGAGCUCAUUAAAGACCAAUAUUGGGAUGAGGUUUUCCCGACUGAACUGCCUCAUACCCUAGCCUCUGAGCCGUUCAAAGAGAAGAUCCCUCAACCAUCGACUGCGAAUAUUGCUGUGCAGUUUGCCAAUUUGAGCAACGCCAAUCCUUCGACAAUAAAGAUUGAUGAUCUAGGCAUGGCUGACGAUAACCAAAGUGGCAUUCAUUUUUCUGCCGAGGGACGUAGUUCUUCUCGGCUCUCAAUGCAUCGACCAAGAACAACUUCUGCUGGUUCGACGACAUCCAUGAAUAAUAUGGGCUCUUUACCCAGGGUCAAUUCUGUGACAUCAACCCUUAAGAGGAUAUUCAGUAGAGAAAACACUCCUGCUACAGUUGAUGGUAGCUAUCCACCACCUGGAUCGAGACUUGCAGAAAGUCAAAGUCAAACUAGUCUUACAGGGAAAUUCUUUGGUGGAGGUGGUGGAAGUAUGCGAAUCGCAAAUCAAGUUAUUGAAGAAGUUGAUGAACAAGCUACAAUUACCUCGAUGGCUUCCAAGAAACCUGAGGUUCGACCAACAGCUCGAUCUCUAUUUGAAAAUUCAGAACCUAUACCUGUACCUCAAUGGAGGCAUUCAGUCGGAAUAACUUCUUCCGUUCCGGUGAACUCCACAAAUCCACCUGCAAGCAGAGGGGCGUCUGUGCAAUCUGUGCCUAGCUCUGCCUGUAUUACGGGCGAUACAUUGAGUAUGACGAGCAGUAAUGCUGGUGAUGAGGAUGAAUUCACUCGACUCAAGGAAGAGCGAAGAAGAGAAAGGGAGAGAAUACAAUUAGCGAGAUCGAUCAGCGUGAUAGCUGAUGGGAGACUAUCCCCCGAUGAAGAUAUUGCUCUCCUCGACAUAACAACUGAUUCAAACACUCCGUUAAUACCAACUGCACCUCCGAUACCAAAUAAGUGAUUUAGUUCGCUACAAAUAGUAUUAAAUGCUUUAAGCAUCUUCAUUGAUUACUUAACAAAGCUUUCUUUAAUUUAUGUGAAAAAUUGUUAGCUCUCAUGGCCUAAUGAAGUCGACAUUUUUAUUUUUCUUAUCUGAAUAGUCAACAUGGCACGGCAUUUGUUCAUAUUUUUUUUGUAAAUAUUAUGAAAUUGUACAUUUUUUAAAAGCAUAAAUAUUUUAACUUAUUGUGUUAAUAAUUAAUUGUUAUUAAUUAAUUAGACUAUUUAUAAUUUAUAUACUUGGACGACUAAUAAAAUCUGGAAUGUCUUAAUACUCAGUCUUUAGGUGUACUCAUGUACAUAUGAAAUUUAAUUUAAAAAAUUAGUAUUAUCAAGUACAUAUUAGUAUUAUUGAAUUCUUUAUUGUUACCAUAUAAUUAGCAUUUUAAAAUGCUAAAAUGGAUAUGAAUAUUUUUUCUAAUUAAAGUAUUAUUAGUUUAGUUAAGAAAACAAAUUAGAUUUAAAUGUUGAGAAUAUUUCUAUAGUUUUAAGUUUAAUUUGUAGAUUGUUAAAUAACUAGAAACCUUUUCAGUGCGGUUCAAUUACUGCAUAAUGUGAUAUUACAAAAGGCCUUUCAAACUCUUUAAGUACAUUUAAGAAGAUAAUAAUAAUAAAUCAAUUUAAUGUAUAUUUUACAUUUGUUAUACAAAUAAAACAUUCCAGACUCCAUUUUGAUUUUUUUUAAUUUGAUCUGUAUUAUGUAACCUAAGGUUUCUUACGUGGCCUGAAACUGUGACAACUUUUGGACAACCUGUCAACUUAGUUUUUAAAAACUUUUAUUUAUUAUAACAUUUUUUUUUUUUUUUUUUUAUU